AUGCACGCCACCGCGCGGUUCCUGGCGCUGGCAGCGCUCUGCCUGGCGCUGGGCGCGGCGCAGGCGCGGGGCGCCCGGCACCUUGCCGCCGCCGCCGCCCCGGCGGCAGCGCCCGGCGCCAACAGCUCCGCGUGCCCGCCCUACGGCUUUGAUGCUCUGGAAGAUUUCAACGUGACUGACUACAUCUCGGCUCCGUGGUAUGUUCUGGCCCAGCUUCCGCUCAUCUACCAGCCGGUGGACCAGCUGUACUGCACCCAGGCGCGUUACGUACCGCUCAACCCAGAGGACCCCCUGGAGGGCCUGCAAGUCAUCAACUUCAGCAGGAAGGGCGGCGUGAGCGGAGAGCCCGUGUCCACCGGUGCCGGCCCCUCCCUGGUGGCCACGGUGCCUGACCGCUCGCAGCCCUCCAAGCUCAGCGUGGGUUUCGACUUCCCGGGCGCCUCCCAGCUGGUGGGCACGCAGUUUGGGUCUGGGCCGUACUGGGUGAUCGCCGCGGGCGAGGGCGAGCAGGGCGGCUACGAGUGGGCUAUCGUCAGCAGCGGGCCGCCCACCGCCCAGGGCGCCGACGGCUGCGUGUUUGCCGACGUGAGCCCCCGCGCCGCGCCGCCGCCAGGGCCGGGGCCCGGGCCGCCUGCUGCGCUUGCAUGCCAGGCGGCGGAUGCGUCGCCGGCUUCGCAUGCACCUGCCCAUGCGCCUGGCGUGGCGGCCGGCCCGUCGAACCCAUUCUCGCCCUCACAUGCGUGUCUCUAG